GAAUAGAAUUACAUAGGUUCGUAACGAAACACUGCCUGAAUGAAAGAUUAUUUCUCAAUCUCUGUGGAGUGGUAUUAGACCAAAAGAAUUAAAAUGUCUGAGAGUUUUCUAAUGAAGGAAAUGAUGGAAAUCAAGGAAAGGGAAAAUCAAAUAGUUAGACGAGAAAUUGAACUUGUUGCUAUGUGUCAAAACGAAAUCGCAGCUAUAGAAAUGCAUGAUAAAUUAAUGAAUUAUGGUUAUCAAAAACAGUUGGAUAGUUUGAAAAAAUCACAUCAAGAGCUAAUGAAAAUAAUUAAUGAAAAAAGAAAAGCUUCAGAUAGAGAAGAUGAGAAACUGUUGGAGAAGUAUGACAACGAAUUAAGACAAAUGCAGAAGGCCGUAAAAGAAUUUCAUAAAAAACAAUCCAGAAUGUGUGUGAUAUCUUGA